AUGGCUUCCGCUUCUCCUCCUCCAUCCAUCCUCCGCCCGCGCGCGCGCCUCGCAGCUACCGCGCCUGCGCGACGCUCAGCGCGAAGGGGCGGGGCGGGGCCGGGCUUCCGCGAGAGGGGGAGGAAGCGGAGAAAGGAUAAGACUGGGAGUGGGGCUGGCACCUACGGCGGCCGGAGAGGGACAAGCCAAGACGGAGGCUGCAGGAUGAUGCGAUUCAUGCUGCUGUUCAGCAGGCAGGGAAAAUUGAGACUGCAAAAAUGGUACCUGGCCACAUCAGACAAGGAGAGAAAGAAGAUGGUUCGGGAGCUCAUGCAGGUUGUUCUGGCUCGCAAGCCUAAAAUGUGCAGUUUCCUGGAGUGGAGAGACCUCAAAGUUGUCUAUAAGAGAUAUGCCAGCCUCUACUUCUGCUGCGCCAUCGAGGGCCAAGACAAUGAGCUCAUCACCCUGGAACUGAUCCACCGAUAUGUGGAGCUCCUGGACAAAUACUUUGGCAGCGUGUGCGAGCUGGACAUCAUCUUCAAUUUUGAGAAGGCUUACUUCAUCUUGGAUGAGUUCUUGAUGGGGGGUGAUGUCCAGGACACCUCCAAGAAGAGUGUGCUGAAGGCUAUUGAGCAGGCUGACUUGCUGCAGGAGGAGGAUGAGUCGCCACGCAGCGUGUUGGAGGAGAUGGGACUGGCAUAG